ACAGGAGUGCGCAGCUGCAGUGAUGUCCAUGUCCAUGAAGACUCUGCUCGAACAUUGACUGUAGUUUAUCUUCAUCACUGCGCGUCCAGAGGGAAAACUGGAUUAAAGCAGCCACGCCUCUGCAGUUUGAAGGUAAAGAGGCUGUAAUGUGACAGCCGGCUCAUGCACAGGAGUGGCAGCAGAAACCAUGGGGUCUGAUUAGGCUGGCUGUGUGCUGGACUUUCACAGUAUGGAGGUCGUGUUGUACAGUAACAGAGAGCUGGUCGAGUUCUUUGUAGGCUAUAAGCUGUGUCAGAGGAACUACCCCAUCGCUCUGCUGAGGCCAGAAGAUCCUGGGAAAAGAACUGAGGAAGACGAGGCUGACUCUGCAGCCGGUAAUGGCCUGCUGGACAACCGCAGGGACAGGCGUGGUCAGCCAGAGCUGCCGUCACCACCACAUGGUGACAUAGAGGCCGUAAAGGCAGCUCUCCGGGACUCUGCGGAGGAGUUUGAACUGCUCUUCAAACAAGCAUUUAGUGACCUUUCCUUGAAGCUGGACAUCACUCCUGACACGGCCUACCACAGCUUCAAGUGUGUGAUGGACGAGGUGUUCAAGGACGGAGUCAACUGGGGACGAAUCGUGGGCCUGUUUGUUUUUGGGGGGAUUCUCAGUGUGGAAUGUGUGGAGAAGAACAUGAGUGAGCUGGUUUCCCGCAUUGUAGACUGGAUGACCAUGUACCUCGAUGAACACAUCAGUCCAUGGAUCCAGAUCCAAGGAGGCUGGGACUGCUUUGCUGAGAUAUUCGGGCGAGACGGCGUUGCAGAAGCGAGAAGAUGUCGGGAGACUGUGAGGAGAUGGCUGCUGGUUGGAGUGGGGCUGCUGUCAGCGAUAGUGAUUGGCAUUCUCAUAUCAAAGAAGCACUGACGGUGCCGCGUCGAGUUCACCAUGGCGUGGUUCGCACGCCUGGUUUAAUACGACACCAACACAAACCCAACUCUACAGUAAAUGUUUACAGGAAGUCUGAUCUGCUUGUGCACUGACAGAAUCUCCAUAACCAUGUAGCUUGGUGAGCUGACUUGCUUCUCUCCCACUUUGUCGUGUCUGUUUAUUUUCACCCGUCCGCGGCUGUUAACCCUCCAUACAGGAAGUGCUUUAAAUGACCCAGAUAAGCUAAAAACAAAUCAGUGACAAACAUGACAUGGCUUGAGGAAAGUUCUCAUUUACUUUGUUUUUUAAUCUGUGUGUGUGUGUGUGUGUGUGUGUGUGUGUGUGUGUGUGUGUGUUAUCCAAGGACCAAUUUUUAAUCAUUUGAAAGUCACAGCUGACAGAAUAUGUAAGGUAUGUUUGCUGCUCCCUGUGUAACUCACACUGUACUGGGUUUUAAAGCAUGCUUCAAAACAACAAAAAUAACAUAUAUAUAUAUGUUUUUUUUUUCUUGUGUCUUUAUUUUCUUUUUAUUAUCAGCUGUUGUCCAAAAAGCUGUGUAAAAUAUUCACAUCAAUAACAACAAUAUCCACUGAAGGUUUGCAUUAAAUCUCCCAUAGGACCACAGUACUGAUGUAAAUAUUACUGCGUCUUAUUCACAACAUGAAGGAAUGCCAGGUAAAGCAGUGUCCAACCGUCAAAUGUAUCCAUGAAGAGGAACAAUUCACUUCAUCCAUUCAUUAGCUACUCCACUUAUUCUUUGAGCUGGAGCCAAACUGAAGCAGCUGAUGUGGCUCUGGCCCGCCUCCUACAGGUAGGAGACAAAAGUCUUUCAUUUAACCCGUCAUGUCAUGUAACCUGCACGACUAGUGCCAGGCCAAAGUGUAUAAAUAUUAGAGGUGAAUAAAAAUCAAAUGAACACAAA